GUCAGCUCUCCAGACAGUGGUCUUCACUCCUCCUCGGCACCCGGCAGCACGGAUCCCUUCGGCGAGGAGCCAGCCCCUAAGUUCUGGGACAAGCUGGGUCAGAUCGGCCUCCCCGACGAGAUCAACGUCCAGUCCCUGUUUGACCCCACAGGCCAGUGCUGUGCCCACCUGCACUGUGCCGCCUGGUCCGAGGGGGUGUGUCGCGGCGAGGCCCAGGACUCACUGCUUUACGUGGACAAAGCCAUAGACUCAGGGAGCACAGAGGUGAGUUGUAACAGACAAUCCAUUGGGGUGUGGGUGUUAGGAUUCAACUGUGUGUGUGUGUACAUGCACAUGCCCCCGAUCUCUUUAAACCAAGUGACCAGCAAAUCAGCAACGCUUUCUUUGUGAGCUCUGUAUUUGUGUACAUUCCCAACAACAAGAGAACGACUGAUAUGAAUUUUUUAGGGCCGAUACUGAUUUUUGGGGGUCAAGAAGGCCAAUGGCCGAUUAUUAUAGGUCAAUAUUCAAUAUCAUUAAACUUGAAAAUGUUUGUAAAAAAUUUUUUUUCCCAGAGACAGACUGACGUCAAAAAAUGUAACUUUGCUUUUACCAAUCUAACUGCAUAACAUAAUGGUCAUCAUUUUAUUUGAAUGGUAAACUGGGUAAAUUAAGAUGGCGUAGGCCUACUCACAAUACAGGUGAAUGCAUAUUCCAUUAGGAGUGUGUGCCUGCAUUGAGUUAUUGAGCUUAUUUUGGCUGAUCAGUGGAGUCUAUGACAAACAAUCGGUUUGCCUGCUGAUCAACAACAUUUGCAAAGAUUCAGCACUCCAGCAUGUCACGCUUUAUGGACGGACGUGCUAUACUGUAGGCACUGCUGUUAGUUUGAGAAUAUAAAAUAACAUACACUGCUCAAAAAAAUAAAGGGAACACUUAAACAACACAUCCUAGAUCUGAAUGAAUGAAACAAUCUUAUUAAAUACUUUUUUCUUUACAUAGUUGAAUGUGCUGACAACAAAAUCACACAAAAAUGAUCAAUGGAAAUCAAAUUUAUCAACCCAUGGAGGUCUGGAUUUGGAGUCACACUCAAAAUUAAAGUGGAAAACCACACUACAGGCUGAUCCAACUUUGAUGUAAUGUCCUUAAAACAAGUCAAAAUGAGGCUCAGUAGUGUGUGUGGCCUCCACGUGCCUGUAUGACCUCCCUACAAUGCCUGGGCAUGCUCCUGAUGAGGUGGCGGAUGGUCUCCUGAGGGAUCUCCUCCCAGACCUGGACUAAAGCAUCCGCCAACUCCUUGACAGUCUGUGGUGCAACGUGGCGUUGGUGGAUGGAGCGAGACAUGAUGUCCCAGAUGUGCUCAAUUGGAUUCAGGUCUGGGGAACGGGCGGGCCAGUCCAUAGCAUCAAUGCCUUCCUCUUGCAGGAACUGCUGACACACUCCAGCCACAUGAGGUCUAGCAUUGUCUUGCAUUAGGAGGAACCCAGGGCCAAUCGCACCAGCAUAUGGUCUCACAAGGGGUCUGAGGAUCUCAUCUCGGUACCGAAUGGCAGUCAGGCUACCUCUGGCGAGCACAUGGAGGGCUGUGCGGCCCCCCAAAGAAAUGCCACCCCACACCAUGACUGACCCACCGCCAAACCGGUCAUGCUGGAGGAUGUUGCAGGCAGCAGAACGUUCUCCACGGCGUCUCCAGACUCUGUCACGUCUGUCACAUGUGCUCAGUGUGAACCUGCUUUCAUCUGUGAAGAGCACAGGGCGCCAGUGGCGAAUUUGCCAAUCUUGGUGUUCUCUGGCAAAUGCCAAACGUCCUGCACGGUGUUGGGCUGUAAGCACAACCCCCACCUGUGGACGUCAGGCCCUCAUACCACCCUCAUGGAGUCUGUUUCUGACCGUUUGAGCAGACACAUGCACAUUUGUGGCCUGCUGGAGGUCAUUUUGCAGGGCUCUGGCAGUGCUCCUCCUGCUCCUCCUUGCACAAAGACGGAGGUAGCGGUCCUGCUGCUGGGUUGUUGCCCUCCUACGGCCUCCUCCACGUCUCCUGAUGUACUGGCCUGUCUCCUGGUAGCGCCUCCAUGCUCUGGACACUAUGCUGACAGACACAGCAAACCUUCUUGCCACAGCUCGCAUUGAUGUGCCAUCCUGGAUGAGCUGCACUACCUGAGCCACUUGUGUGGGUUGUAGACUCCGUCUCAUGCUACCACGAGUGAAAGCAUCGCCAGCAUUCAAAAGUGACCAAAACAUCAGCCAGGAAGCAUAGGAACUGAGAAGUGGUCUGUGGUCACCACCUGCAGAACCACUUCUUUAUUGGGGGUGUCUUUCUAAUUGCCUAUAAUUUCCACCUGUUGUCUAUUCCAUUUGCACAACAGCAUGUGAAAUGUAUUGUUAAUCAGUGUUGCUUCCUAAGUGGACAGUUUGAUUUCACAAAAGUGUGAUUGACUUGGAGUUACAUUGUGUUGUUUAAGUGUUCCCUUUAUUUUUUUGAGCAGUGUUUAUCGUAUCGGCACUUAAGUACUGUGAUAAUAUCGUAUCGUGAGGUCCCUGGCAAUUCCCAGCUUCUAGUAGCUGCUGCGAUUUAUCUCUCAGUAGAACUAUCUCAUUAACACAAUGUAAUGUGGGGGGCAGGGGAGGCCACAUUAUAGGUAAUUAAGGGACUCUAUUUUAGCUUGUACUUUGCUGUCUUGAAAUUGACUGGUGGUUGAGGCAAAAUAAAACUCUGAACUAAUACAAUGACUUCAUUGAGGAAGUGGAAAUGUUGGACUUGCCCAACUAUGAUGACUUAUUUGGUGGCGAGCACUUUCUUGCUGUUCACUCUGCAGUCUGCAUGGUCAGAUAGAUUUGGUGACAACGAUGCUGCUUUCUACAAGCGUUCUACAACUACACUAUUAGUUUGUGUAUCUUUCUGUCUGCAAACUACUGUCUGCUAGUUUGUCCUUUCAUAGCAAGUUUUGGUUAAAAUAAAUUGUUAGCUGCCAAUCGCUUGUUAGCUGGCUAGCUAGCUUGCUUAAUGUACUAAGAGUCAGCGCAAACAUAGCUAGCUUAUACAGCCUGGUACCAGUGCUGGUGUAGGCCUAGAUAAGAAUGUUUGUGCAACGGUAUUUAUGAAAAUGAGUGAGUGUGAGUGUGUGUGUGCCAGCUCUAGGGGGCCCUGUUAAAGGUUGUCCCUGGCACUACAGCAAGGCUCAUUGGGGUGUAAAGCAGAAAAGGUCACGGAGCUCAGGAGACUGCACCUCUGAAGGUUAACACACUGUGACAAACCACACACUUUUAUUCGCACAUGUGCACUCGAUGCACCGACACCCUGCUCUGAAAGUCAAACACAGGCACACGCACACAUUGCUGACGCGCGCACUACCCACACACACACUGCUGACGCACAAACUACCCACACUCACGGCAUCCUCACCUCCAUAUCAUGUUCGCCGGAUUGCAUUUACAUCCUAAAUCAGCAAAACAAUUCUAAAUUUGCUCUCUGUGUGUGAGCCUGUGUAAAGGAGUGAGCCUGUGUACAGCGCCUUCAGAAAGUAUUCAUACCCCUUGACUUAUUCCACAUUUUGUUACAGCCUGAAUUCAAAAUUGAUUAAAUAUACUUUUAUCUCACCCAUCUACAUACAAUACCCCAUAAUGACGAAUUGAAAACAUGUUUUUAGAAAUUCUUGCAAAGUUUUGAAAAUGAAAUGGAGAUCUCAUUUACAUACGUAUUCUCAACCCUGAGUCAAUACUUUGUAGAAGCACCUUUGGCAGCAAUUACAGCUGUGAGUCUUUAUGGUUUUCAAUUUGCCCAUUUAUUCUUAAAAAAAAAAAUCAAGCUCUGUCAAAUUGGUUGUUGAUCAUUGCUAGAAAACCAUUUUCAGGCCUUGCCAUACAUUUUCAAAUAGAACAUUCACUGUCUUCUUGGUAAGCUACUCCAGUGUAGAUUUGUGUUAGGUUAUUGUUCUGCUGAAGGUGAAAGCAGACUGAACAAGGUUUUCCUCUAGGAUUUUGCCUGUGCUUAGCGCCAUUCCGGGGUUUGUUUAUAUCCUGAAAAACACCCGUCCUUAACGAUUACAAGCAUACCCAUAACAUGAUGCAGACACCACUAUGCUUGAAAAUAUGGAGAGUGGGACUCAGGAAUGUGUUGUACUGGAUUCAGGACAAAAAGAGAAUUGCUUUGCCACGUUUUGCAGUAUUACUUUAGUUCAGGAUGCAUGUUUUAGAAAAAAUGUAUUCUGUACAGGCUUCCUCCUUUUCACUCUGUCAAUUACGUUAGUAUUGUGCAGUGAACUACAAUGUUGUUGAUCCAUCCUCAGUUUUCUCCUACCACAGCCAUAGAGGCCCACAGUGGACGUGUCAUAAUACCCAUAAAACCUAGCGGUCAAACGGGGAAAUGAUUCCAAUCGUUUUUCCAUCAAUCAUUCUUUCCGUAAGGGAUUUUAGAAACACUUAAAUUAAGGGCUGUGUUUCGGGUAGGCUUACCCUGGCGUGACGUUUUGAUAACCGUGUAAAUCUCUCUCGGACCAGGUGACAUUUUUGAAUCUGUGUUUGAAAUUCACUGCUCGACUGAGGGACCUUACAGGUAAUUGUAUGUGUGGGGUACAGAGAAGAAGUAGUCAUUCAAAAAUGAUGUCAAACACUAUUAUUGCACACAGAGUGAGUCCAUGCAACUUAUUAUUUGACUUGUUAAGCACAUUUUUACUCCUGAACUUAGAGGCAUGUAAUAACAAAGGGCUUGAAUACUUAUUGACUCAAUAAAUUUUUUGUGUACUUAUUGACUCUACGUUUCAACUUUUCAGUUUUAAUUCAUUUGUAAAAAUUUCAAAAAACAUAAUUCCGUUUUGACAUUAUGGGAUAUUGUGCCUAGGCCAGUGACCAAAAAAUCUAAUUUGAAUCUAUUUUUAAAUUCAGGCUGUAACACAACAAAAUGUGGAGAAAGUCAAGGGGUAUGAAUACUUUCUGAAGGCACUGUAUGUGUUAGCCUGUGUGUGUAUGUGUGACAGAGAGUCAGCCCAUACACUAGUAUCUUUGUGUGAGUAUCGUAUGUAUGAGAACGUAGGCCUAUCCUAUGGAUGAAUGUGUCUAACUACACAUAGUGUAGGCCUAUCUACUGUACUGUAUGUGUGUGAUAGAUAUUGUGCUGAUAGCACUAGAAACAGAAACAGCAUUGUUUUUCAGCAGAGGCGGCAUGCAGGCGGUUGGUUGCCUAGUCAGAGCUCUCCCUCCCACCACUGGUAUUCUGCCCUUGAUGUGUGAGGUGACAGCGUCUGGCAGCGAGCCAUGAAAACCCCAGGCAUUAGGACAACAGGAUAACCUUUCAGCCCCUUACACUGUAGCCCUGCAUUUAAGGUGCUAACACCUUAUCUGCUGUUGAAGUGCCAGAUGUUUAGAGGAAAGAUAAUGUCUGACUGACUCAUUGAUAAGAUGAAGCAAAUUUGUCUGCCAACACGACACAGGCCUGGUUCUUCUUUCUAUACUAUGUGUAACAGUGUUUUGAAUUUGUCUAUUGAAUUUUUAUAGACAAUGGGAUAUUUCAUAAUUUUGCUAGAUAUUUAAAUGUUAAAUCGACAGGUUUCUAAGUUUAACUCAGUUCUUCUACUCUCUGUGCCUGAAAGGACGGGGCUAUUACCCUUUUCACACUACUGAGCUGACUAUCCAACAUAGUGGCUGGAACCACCCUGGAAAGGACAAUGUGAAAAGAACAUUUCCAAACCAGUACGGUUUGGGUUGGCACAAAGGUGGGAAAACGGCUAUGUGAUACCAGUCUGGUCCAGUCCCCAUAAGGCGUUGUUCCAUUCUCAGUGGCACUGGACCAGAUAUCCAUCCAUUGCAAUUCCUCUCAGGUUUGCUCCAUUUGGACGGUAGCCAUUUUGGCUCUUUGUAGAGUAGGGAGGGUUUGGAGGGGUGGGCCACUAUCCUUCUUCCUCAACAAAGCCUAUUUCGGGCUCAAACAUUAAUCGGUAUGGCAAGAUGGAAACUCCCUUUUUUUUAAUGACAUUUUUCAAUUUUUGCUUGGAGUGGAUUAGGAAAGAGAACCCCGAACCACACUGUAAUGUGAUUACAGCAGUCGUGUUUAAUUAUUAUUUUCAACAAAGCGACAGAGGAUUAUGGUUUGAAGAGAGGGGGUGACAUUAUUUUGAAGGGGUUACUUUUCUCUUCAUUACUCCCUAUGUAGUCUCGGAGGAGUUGAUGGGAUGAGUUAAUGAGCAUAAAAAUAGAAUUAUGGAACAUUGACUUGAAUGGGAAUGUCUGUUCUAUUCAUUGUAUUUCUAUGGUAAUACGUUCUUGUCUGGGUCGUCCCGCGCCAGGAUUGGUCCCGUCUGUGACGACAUCCCACAGAAUAUCCUUCCCAUGAUGCCCCAAGGAAGCCGCUGGUGCAUGGGCGGUAAUUGCCCAACGCUCGGUGUAAAAAUGUAUUUGCAGGUUUUUGCAUGUUGGUCCCCCGGCCAAGGGUUUCUAGAACGAAGGGGAGGGAGAGGGAAAGAGAGGAAGAGGGAGAGGGAGAGGAAGAGCGAGACGGGUAGAGAGAGUGAGCAACAUAAAAGUGCUGACUUUAGUCAUUUUGACUUCAAGGCCCCAUUCUUUCUCUGCUCCUGACAGCUUUCAUUAUUCAAAGACGAGCUCUUGUUCUCGGGCCGCCAUUUUAAACGUCAGUCUAUAUUCCGGUGCUAGUGCAAGGUUCGCUCGCCUCGUACCAGAGCACUUCAUUUAAGCAGUCUUUUUUUACCAUAAUAGCAAUUCUCUUCUAUUACCUAGGUCGGCUUCAAUUUCAACCUGGGUUUUGAAUCCAAUAUGCAUUUUGCUUCUUAAUUUCAGUGACGAUGCCUGAUGAAAACGAAUGAGAGAUUUUAUGUGGAAAAGCACCAAUGCUUUUUAGACUGGGAGGGGUUAGAGCUAAAAUUUGUCAAUAACUUGCGAUUGUCGUAAGCACGCGUGAAUUGAAUUUUAAAACUCUUUUAAGCUUUUAGUAAGUGCCAAAACGGGGGUAAGUGCUUAGUUGGACGCAUUCCAUGAAGCAAGUGUAGAUCAAGCAUAGGGCCUCCAAUGACGGUGUCUGACUAAAACUGAGCAGCUAAACUUGGGGUCUUUUCAGGAGGAUGCAACUAUGCAGAAUGUUUAGAUAGAAACGUAUUGUUUGGAACAGAUAUGAUUGUCUGUCACUGUUUUGCAGUGCUGUGCAUACUGUAAGCGCCUUGGAGCAUCCAUCAAGUGCUGUGAGGAGGGCUGCUGCCGCUCCUACCAUUUCCCCUGCGCCGCCGCUGCUGGAACGUUCCAGGACCUGCGCCGACACACCCUCCUCUGCCCUGAUCACCUCCAGCUAGCCUCACAAAGAUGUGAGUAUAGACCCUGUGUUGCACUGGGAGAAUGAUAACUAGAUUUCACUAUAGAUGUCUAGUAGACAAAAGGCCAACUCUAGACACAACACAAGGCUUAUGAUAAGUGACAUAAUAUUUAUGUCAACUGGCAACUCUUAUCUAUUCUGAUUCUAACUGAAGAACCAACUCUAACUGAUUCCACAACUGAUAUUUCCCUUGGUCAGAAGCAGCCAUGAUGACAUGCUGCAGAAUCAGUGUCACGUAGGUUUUAUGAAAUUCACUCCGUCUUGCCAAAUCACCCUUUUUAUGUUUUAGACAGUAUGUUAAAUUGUCAAAGUGAUGUUACUUUCUCAUUGAAUGAAAUGUCUUUACACAUGAUGAUUCCAGAAAAAUCUGGAGAAAAAAUGUAAGCAGUCUUUAAAAAAAAACCAUAAUAGCAAUUCUCUACUAUUACCGAGGUAACAAUUAUUUUGACAUAAACAGUUGCAUUCAUGAGUUGUACUUUGGGAUCUGCCCUUGUCUCACCAAACACCUCUAUAGCUCAGCCCACGUUAAUCACACAGACUGAUGCAGAAGAAAUGGACGAAUCCAAUGGUACAACCCAGAAGUCUGUACCUCAAACACACAAUGUUUAAAAGGGGUUAGAAAUCCAAAACACGCAGGCAUUACUCAUUGGGUUAAUAUGAUUUUCCUCCUUACCUACAGCUAAAGAGGAGGUGAAGUGCUUGUUGUGUGACAGUGCUGGAGACCUGCAGGACCAACUCUUCUGCACCUCGUGUGGGCAGCACUACCACGGGGCGUGUCUGGACGUGAGUGUCACCCCCCUGAAGAGGGCCGGCUGGCAGUGCCCCGAGUGCAAAGUCUGUCUGACCUGCAGGUAAUGGUCCACUCUGUAGCAUAACGUACCAUAUGCAUGCUUGUAUGCGCUAGAAGACAUUGCGCUAGAAGCCAUUGCGCUAGAAGCCAUUGCGCUAGAAGCCAUUGCGCUAGAAGCCAUUGCGCUAGAAGCCAUUGCGCUAGAAGCCAUUGCGCUAGUUAGAUGUGUGCUAGUAGCCAUUGCGCUAGUUAGCUGUGUGCGCUAGUUAGCCGUGUGCGCUAGUUAGCCGUGUGCGCUAGUUAGCCGUGUGCGCUAGUAGCCAUUGCGCUAGUUAGCUGUGUGCGCUAGUAGCCAUUGUGCUAGUAGCCAUCAUGUGGUGUUGUCACCCUCCCGAGACCUGAAGUAGUGUCGCCCAACCAAGACAAGGGCAUGAUAGGGUAAUGGCUAGCAGCCAACCAAAGUGCCAUUGUUUGGCGUUUGUGUCACAUAGCUGACUAACAAUGAAAAAGUUGUUGUUUAGACGGUUACCUAAGUUGACUGAGUUGACACCAAAUGGACCCCAUUCCUAACUCUGUCACUCCCAUGAGCCAUAGUCCACUCACCAUUCAUCCGCAUCCCGAGUGGAAAAACUCCAUUAACUUUUGAGAUUUCUAUCAGGGAUAGCUAUGAACGAAUAGGAAAAAAUGUCUGGUUCUGCACCCAGCUGCAUAUAGCCAGCCGACUAUAUAUGUUUUUGUGUUUCAAAGAAAUCGAAAAAAGAGAAUUGAGCCAUUGGGGAGUCAGUUUCGAGCUUGUUGGAGUUUUCUGAAGGGUCUAUAGGAAGAUAAAAGGGGAAAAGAGAGAGUCUUAUUUUUUUUGCAUGUGGAAUUAAUAACAACUGUAUUUUGCAGGAGCAUGGGAGCAUUAAAAGAAAAGAUAAGAGAGCUGGGGAGAUUUGUGUGCAUACUGUGUUUGAUCAGCCCCAAGCUCCCUACACAUACAACCAGCCAAGCAAAGUCAAUUCCUUCGCAAGGCUGUCUGCUUUAAUGUAAACUGUUUUUCUUUGUGGAAGGGUGUGUGUUGUGUGUGUGCUGUGGAGGUGUGUGUGUGUUGUGGGAGUGUGUGUGUGGUUGGGGGGACUAGGUGUGUGUGGAGAGGUAUGUGCUUGUGAAGGAGUCACAUUUUGGGGGAGUAUAGUAAAGAAUAGAUGAAAGACGGGGAUGACUAAAUCUGAGAGCUGAUGAUUCAAAGUGCUCCAGGAGUGGAGAGUUGAAGCCAGCAAAUUAAGUAAUCGAAAAGCAAAAGAGCAUGACCUACUGGUGUCUCUUUUGAAGGCAAGCUUUUAAAGAUUUUUAUAGAGUUUGCUUAACUCUGAAAGUGUUGAUUUCAUGGAAGUGAGCUCCCCUACCAAGACCAUGUUUUUGGUAGCGUAAUGAUUAGCACGCUAGCCUCUGGGGAGUGAAGUGGUGUUGUUGAUUUGAGAUGGAAUCCUGCGUGUGACAUGCAGGUUUAUUUCCAUUGCAUUGGCUUGUCAUGGGCUGUCAAUCAUGGACAGAAUGUAACAGAAGCUCUUUAUGUUGAGGGAGAUCACAUUUGAGAUUAUGUGGGCAUUGAAAGCCUGCUGCCUAUAUGUACUGUAUAUAUUAAUGAGGCCUACUGUAAAGCCUGUAUAUAGGGAUAAGAGGCCUACUGUAAAGCCUGUAUAUAGGGAUAAGAGGCCUACUGUAAAGCCUGUAUAUAGGGAUAAGAGGCCUACUGUAAAGCCCGUAUAUAGGGAUAAGAGGCCUACUGUAAAGCCCGUAUAUAGGGAUAAGAGGCCUACUGUAAAGCCCGUAUAUAGGGAUAAGAGGCCUACUGUAAAGCCCGUAUAUAGGGAUAAGAGGCCUACUGUAAAGCCUGUAUAUAGGAAUAAGAGGCCUACUGUAAAGCCCGUAUAUAGGGAUAAGAGGCCUACUGUAAAGCCCGUAUAUAGGGAUAAGAGGCCUACUGUAAAGCCCGUAUAUAGGGAUAAGAGGCCUACUGUAAAGCCCGUAUAUAGGGUUAAGAGGCCUACUGUAAAGCCCGUAUAUAUGGAUAAGAGGCCUACUGUAAAGCCCGUAUAUAGGGAUAAGAGGCCUACUGUAAAGCCCGUACAUAGGGUUAAGAGGCCUACUGUAAAGCCCGUAUAUAGGGAUAAGAGGCCUACUGUAAAGCCCGUAUAUAGGGAUAAGAGGCCUACUGUAAAGCCCGUAUAUAGGGAUAAGAGGCCUACUGUAAAGGCCGUAUAUAGGGAUAAGAGGCCUACUGUAAAGCCCGUAUAUAGGGUUAAGAGGCCUACUGUAAAGCCCGUAUAUAGGGUUAAGAGGCCUACUGUAAAGCCUGUAUGUAGGGAUAAUAGGCCUACUGUAAAGCCUGUAAAUAGGGAUAAGAAUCCUACUGUAAACCCUGCACCAUGGUGUUGAGCUGAGCUAAGCUUCCAAGGAGCUAGGAUGGGAGAGAGUUGGAAAAGAUCAGUGAAAAUAUAGAGUGCAGUUUUAACAGAUGGGGAGCUGGGGAAUUGGUGGGGGGAGAGGGAUGGGGGCCAGGGGGUGUUGGUUAGGCAGCAGCACUCAGAGUGAUAUAGGGACGUCUCUGUGUGUGUGUGUGUGUGUGUGACUCCACUGCACAGCUGUAAAUAUCAGAUGACGUUCUCAUUCAGGUUGGAUUUGUGUCAUCUGAAAAACAGGCUACUGGGAUUUGAUAGAUCUCUGGGCUCUAGCCUCUUUCCUAAUACCAUAACCCCCCACCACACACACACGCCAUAAAUCUUACAUUUAGGUCUCUUGAUUUAUUCUUCAAACAACAUUAAUGCAUCCAAAAUCUGCCACGGAGGGACGGUUCUCGAUGGCGGGUGCCGUUUUAAUGGUGCGUUUGAUUGGCUGGACCAAUUUAGAAUCUUGAAGUUCAGUGAAUUGUAUUCUAUGAAGGAAACGUGAUCUUUUCUCGUUCCUAUAAGUUAUGUGUACCAGGUAAUGGAAAAAGACGUAAUGUUCACAAUGUGGUGUGUGAGAUCAUUUGUGUGUUAUAAAAUGUACUGCAUUGAACAUAAUCAGUGAGAGGUUUUUUACCCCCGAUUGACAAACCUAAUUUGAGUUCCCAACUGUCUGGCUGGCUUUCUUUUCUUCCUCGUACUUUAUUGAUAAAUGAAUGUAGUUCCUUGUCUAAUUCCCAAACACUGAUAAAGAGCCUAUAGACACUGUGAGACCCUGGAGGACCAGACUCAAUAAUCCCUCUCCUGAACCACACAGAUAAAUACCAAAGUGACACUUGGACAAAUGGUUUGGGUGUCUGUCUUUGCGGUUGGGAAACACAAACCCUGGUGCUGUCCAUACUACAGUACUCCCAUGCUAUUUUUCUCUCUAGUCUAGGGUGUGUGGGUUACAUUGGGUGUGUAUUGGGUGUGUGUCGUAUAUUAUUGUGUGUGUAUAAUCUUUCUCUUUCCUGUGUGUGUGUUGCAGGAACCCGGGGGAGGACAGCAAGAUGCUGGUCUGUGACACGUGCGAUAAAGGCUAUCACACCUUCUGUCUCCAGCCUACCAUGAAAUCCAUCCCCACCAACGGUUGGCGGUGCAAGGUAAGAAACACUCCAAACACUUUUCACAACACGGAAUAUCGUCUGGCAGAGACAGGAGAGUAUGUAUGUAUAUAACGUGCUGUCAAUUUACCUCACGGGGGGGGGGGGGGGGGCGGACGGACGGACGGACGGGGGGCUCUGAAGGAACGCGAGUGAAGCUCUUGUCUUCCGGCUGUUUCACCGUACCCCCAUUUCUCUGUCUCUCUGUCUCUCUCUCUCUCUCUGUCCCCAAAGAGUCUCCCAGCUGUUUUUAUCCGGCAGUUGAAAAUAGCUUUUGGGGCUUUUAGUGCCUUUUUGGGCUGUGGGGGGGGGGAGAUACAGCCCUCAAACAUGGGCAAUAGCUUUUGGGGCUUUUAGUGCCUUUUUGGGCUGCAGGAGGGGUGGGGGGGGGAGAUACAGCCCUCAAACAUGGGCAAUGAAGUGUGUUUCCCCCGGCUUUGCAGUGGGGGCACGCAAGCAUGCAGGCUUUCAUCUCCACUAUUGUCAUAAAGGGAGAUUCUGGGCUUAGUGUGGUUGCUAAAAUGGAGGGAGGAAAUACUGUGGAUACAUAAGAGUAGAGUGCCAAAAGCUGAGAUGGCCCCCAACCCUUUUACCUUACUGUAAAGGGGAACAGUUUUUCUUAUUGCAUUCUGGAAGACUCGGGACAUGUGAGGAUUUCUUAGUUUCAAUCUUUUAUCUUUCAAAACAAAAUGUAGGUUUUCAUUCACCCAUUUUACUUAGUUGCUGUGUGGUACAAAGGGGAGUAGUCUAAAAUGUCUCCCCAAGACCUGCACUGCUGCUGUUUUGUAUCCACAUUUUAUUGGAGGAGAGAUUCCUCAUGUUGCUCCAUUUUUAAAGGGAAAAUACACUCAAGAAAAACAAUUGUAAAAAAUAUAUACAGUGCAUUCGGAAAGUAUUCAGACACUUUUUCCACAUUUUGUUACGUUACAGCCUUAUUCUAAAAUUGAUUAAAUAAUUUUUUCCCCUCAUCAAUCUACACACAAUAUCCCAUAGUGACAUUUUAGCUCAUUUGUUAAAAAACAAAAAACGGAUACCUUAUUUACAUAAGUAUUCAGACCCUUUGCUAUGAGACUCGAAAUUGAGCUCAGGUACAUCCUGUUUCCAUUGAUCAUCCUUGAGAUGUUUCUACAACUUCAUUGGAGUCCACCUGUGGUCAAUUCAAUUGAUUGGACAUGACAGAGCAAAAACCAAGCCAAGAGGUUGAAGGAAUUGUCUGUAGAGCUCCGAGACAGGAUUGUGUCAAGGCACAGAUCUGGGGAAGGGUACCCAAAAAAUUCUGCAGCAUUGAAGGUCCCCAAGAACACAGUGGCCUCCAUCAUUCUUAAAUUGAAGAAGUUUGUAACCACCAAGACUCUUCCUAGAGCUGGCCGCCCGGCCAAACUGAGCAAUCGGGGGAGAAGGGCCUUAGUCAGGGAGGUGACCAAGAACCCGAUGGUAACUCUGACAGAGCUCCAUAGUUCUUCUGUGGAGAUGGGAGAACCUUCCAGAAGGACAACCAUCUCUGCAGCGCUCCACCAAUCAGGCCUUUAUGAUAGAGUGGCCUGAUGGAAGCCACUCUUCAGUAAAAGGCACAUGACAGCCCGCUUGGAGUUUGCCAAAAGGCACCUAAAGGACUCUCAGGCCAUGAGAAACAAGAUUAUCUGGAUCUGAUGAAACCAAGAUUGAACUCUUUGGCCUGAAUGCUAAGCGUCACGUCUGGAGGAAACCUGGCACCAUCCCUACGGCGAAGCAUGGUGGUGGCAGCAUCAUGCUGUGGGGAUGUUUUUCAGCGGCAGGGAGACUAGUCAGGGUCAAGGGAAAGAUGGACGGAGCAAAUUACAGAGAGAUCCUUGAUGAAAACCUGCUCCAGAGCGUCCAGGACCUCAGACUGGGCCGAAGAUUCACCUUCCAACAGGACAACGACCCUAAGCACACAGCCAAGACAACGCAGGAGUGGCUUCGGGACAAGUCUCAAUGUCCUUGAGUGGCCCAGCUAAAGCCCGGACUUGAACCUAAUCGAACAACUCUGAAAAUAGCUAUGCAGCGACGCUCUCCAUCCAACCUGACAAAGCUUGAGAGGAUCUGCUGAGAAGAAUGGGAGAAACUCCCCAAAUGCAGGCAUACCCAAGAAGACUCAAGGCUGUAAUCGCUGCCAAAGGUGCUUCAACAAAGUACUGAGUAAAGGGUCUGAACACUUAUGUAAUUUUAUUUUAUUUAUUUAUUUAUUUUCAUUAUGGGGUAUUGUGUGUAGAUUGAUGAGGGGGAAAAACAAUUUAAUCCAUUUUAAAAUAAGGCUGUAGCGUACCAAAAUGUGGAAAAAGUCAAGGGGUUUGAGUACUUUCUGAAUGCACUGUAUAUAUAUUUUUUUUUAUUAGUCCACUGUUGAAACAGUCCCAAAAUGCUUUGCAUGUCAGCAGUCAAGUUUUAAAAAUAUUGGACUUUCAAGAAGCAAAGUGUCACCGGCUACAUCAUCAUGAUGAUGCAAAACAUUUUGGGACUGUAUCAACAGUGGACUAAUGAACAAAAUAUUGUUUUUGAGUGGAAUUUCCCUUUAACAUUUGAAUGAAGAAUUCUGCCUAAUUUCACUGUAAAGGGUUUGCCUUAGGUCCAUAGACAUCCAUGGUCAUUUUGACCCUUAUUGAGAUACUGCCAAUAGAAACCCACAAUUCUCAUUGACAUCCGCAUUGGGGUGAAUUUACAAGUCUCGCUGCGUGUGUAGGCAGGACAUUGAGACGUAAUCUGAGCUAAUCCAUCAUUUUACAUCCGAUGGAGGGAUGAAGAGGAUGGAUAGAUAUGUCUCUGAUCCCAUUCCUCUGAUCAUCAGCUGGCCACCAGCUCUACCUCUUUCUCUCUCUUUCUUACUCUGUGUCUGUCUGUGUGUUAUUAAUCCCUGUCUGUCUCACGGUUACAGCACACUGCGCUGCCAAGGCAAAUGUAGUUAUCCGAGGCCUGCUAGCGCGCGCACACACACACCUCCUCUCCCCCACCUUAUCCCCAUCUCUUCCCAAAUCCCAGUCAGGCACUUAUUUUCUUCAGGAUAGACGUGGGGCCACUCUCUCUCCCUCCUUCCUUCCUUCCCCUGGCCCACAGGGCCACUCUCUCCCCCCACUGUUGGACAUGAGCUGGCCACUGGAGCCAAGCCAUAGGGGUGGCUUGUCUCUAAUAGGCCAGUGGGGGUCUGGACUUUAGGGUGUGUGGGUGGCGUUUGGUAGGUUAGGGGGUUGUACAGAGAAGCUUUAGAUUGAGCUUGUUCCUCCUCACCCCUGAAAGCUCGGAAUACCACUGCUCCUUUUGAACGCUACUUAAUGAGCCUGAAGUGGUACUUUUGAAGGUGUAAUGUAAUUUCCACCUGGCUGAUCAUAGGCUCAUUGCAAAGGAGGCAUAUUUUUUAUAUGGGUUGGGAAAUGUAUGUUAAUUAUUAUCUUUGCGUAAUCCAAUAGUGAUCACGUGUUUUGAAAUGGCUGUCAUAAAGAUGUAGUGUUUUAUCCGUUUUAAUAACUGACAUAAUGUAAAUGGCAAUCAGUUUAAUCCUCUGAUGUGACAUUUUCAACCAACAUUUAAAUAGAACAGUUUCAUGCUUCAUAACAAAGUGAGGUCAGUUGGCAAAAGUUUAAAGGUGGUUGGCAGAAAUAAACACACUACUUUCUAUGGUAUGCAUUGUCAUUCUGGUGCCAUGUACAGUGCCUUGCAAAGGUAUUCCUCCCCCUUGGCGUUUUUCCUAUUUUGUUGCAUUACAACCUGUAAUUUAAAUGGAUUUUUAUUUGCAUUUCAUGUAAUGGACAUACACACAAUAGUCCAAAUUGGUGAAGUGAAAUGAAAAGAAUAACUUGUUUCAAAAAGUCAAAAUAAUAAAUAACGGAAAAGUGGUGCGUGCAUAUGUAUUCACCCCCUUUGCUAUGAAGCCCCUAAAUAAGAUCUGGUGCAACCAAUUACCUUCAGAAGUCACAUAAUUAGUUAGAUUGCACACAAGUGGUCUUUAUUUAAGUGUCACAUGAUCUCAGUGUAUAUAUACACCUGUUCUGAAAGGCCCCAGAGUCUGCAACACCACUAAGCAAGGGGCAACACCAAGAAAGCGGCACCAUGAAGACCAAGGAGCUCUCCAAUCAGGUCAGGGACAAAGUUGUGGAGAAGUACAGAUCAUUAAAUCCAUUAUUAAAAAUGGAAAGAAUAUGGCACCACAACAAACCUGCCAAGAGAGGGCCGCCCACCAAAACUCACGGACCAGGCAAGGAGGGCAUUAAUCAGAGAGGCAACAAAGAGACCAAAGAUAACCCUGAAGGAGCUGCAAAGCUCCACAGCGGAGAUUGGAGUAUCUUUCCAUAGGACUACUUUAAGCCAUACAGUCCACAGAGCUGGGCUUUAUGGAAGAGUGGCCGGAAAAAAGCCAUUGCUUAAAGAAGAAAAUAAGCAAACACGUUUGGUGUUCGCCAAAAGGCAUGUGGGAGACUCCCCAAACAUAUGGAAGAAGGUACUCUGGUCAGAUGAGACUAAAAUUGAGCUUUUUGGCCAUCAAGGAAAACACUAUGUCUGGCGCAAACCCAACACCUCUCAUCACCCCAUGAACAUCAUCCCCACAGUGAAGCAUGGUGGUGGCAGCAUCAUGUUUUGGGGAUGUUUUUCAUCGGCAGGGACUGGGAAACUGGUCAGAAUUGAAGGAAUGAUGGAUGGCGCCAAAUACAGGGAAAUUCUUGAGGGAAACCUGUUUCAGUCUUCCAGAGAUUUGAGACUGGACGGAGGUUCACCUUCCAGCAGGACAAUGACCCUAAGCAUACUGCUAUAGCAACACUCAAGUGGUUUAAGUGGAAACAUUUAAAUGUUUUGGAAUGGCCUAGUCAAAGCCCAGACCUCAAUCCAAUUGAGAGUCUGUGGUAUGACUUAAAGAUUGCUGUACACCAGCGGAACCCAUCCAACUUGAAGGAGCUGGAGCAGUUUUGCCUUGAGGAAUCCCAAGAGACUUGCAGCUGUAAUUGCUGCAAAAGGUGGCUCUACAAAGUAUUGACUUUGGGAGGUGAAUAGUUAUGGACGCUCAAGUUUUCAGUGUUUUUGUCUAGUUUCUUGUUUCACCCGCAACAUUUUUUUGCAUCUUCAAAGUGGUAGGCAUGUUGUGUAAAUCAAAUUAUACAAACCCCCAAAAAUCAAUUUUAAUUCCAGGUUGUAAGGCAACAAAAUAGGAAAAAUGUCAAGGGGGGUGAAUACUUUCGCAAGCCACUGUAGCGAAGCAUUCUAUAGCCACUGGGUGUUGUUGAAAUGUAUUUUUCAAAGAAUGUGUUUUCACAUGUAGUUUUGUCACUCCAAACUUUGGUUGUUGACCAUGGAAAUCUAAAUAUUUCAGUGUGCAAUGAAUCCAUAUGUAGAAGUGUAACUAAUGUAUCAUGUCUCUGGCCUUCCCUCUAUCUCCAGAACUGUCGGGUGUGUUCUUUGUGUGGGGUCAGGCUGGCGGGCCAGUGGGCCCACAACAUCACACUGUGCGAGGGUUGCCAUGGGCAACCGGAGGAGCCCGCCCCCACCCUGCAGUGCUCACUGUGUGUGAGGGGCCAAGGCCCCGGUGACGCCCCUGGAGACGCCCCUAAAGACGACCACCUCACCUGCCGCACCUGCAAGAGGUACGCUUCAUUCUGUCGCCGUGAUUACUGUUGAUUAUGUUAACGUCCCCAACACUGCUGAUGGAUGCCGUGCAAGACAAUGAGCUGAUACACAGUAGAACUACAAUAUUUAUUUAGUAUGUGAUUAGCCUGUUCCCAGAUCUGUUAGUGCUGUGGUCAUUGUCAUGUUUGGCAUGAGGGGUCCUACAGCACAAAUCUGGGACCAGGCUUACAUGUACCAGUCUGUGGUAGGGAUGGGCACAGUUAUUUUAAUAUCCGAACAGACGUUAGUAUUGAAAUACUUGCAAGAGUAUUCAUUUUUGAAGAAAAAUAAAUCAUAGGCCUAUUUUAACAAUGAAAAGGCUUUGUCUAAAUGUAAUUUAAUUAUCUAUGUGACAUUCCAACACACAAAGAUAUACCAUGACAUUUGAAAUUCUUAAUUCAAUAAAACAAGACUGUAGUUAUGACGUGCGCCCCAUAAAAAUACGUACCGUAGUCUACACGGGUUUCACUCGUUUGUUGUUAUUGUUGGCCAUUCAGUUGCAAGCAAGCGGCACCCAAGUCGCGCAUGCUAGGCAGCAAGCCAGUUCCCAAGUUUAAGUAAUCCGGAUAUCCGAAAACAUGUAAUGAUAUUAUUUGAAUAGUGAAAGUAUUUCAAAUGCCCAUCCCUAGUCAGUGAUAUAUACUGUAUAUGCCACAUGGGGCCUCUUUCAGUGUCCCUGUGUACGCAGGUUGUAUCAUCUGUCUCGUUACGUGUGAUUGAGCUAUUUAUUGACUAACGAUGUGGAUUUGACACCCCGCUGUCGGGGUCAUCUAAUGAAUUGGAUUAUAAUAUGGUUUACAGCUAGAGACUGUCACACAGCCAAAGUGUUAGCUAAUAUGUCAGAUGGAUUAUAACUGAAUUGGUUUUCAAGCUUUACAGACCGGGAAACUUAGCAUUACAGUGUUGUAGCCCAGUAGGUUAGUUUAGUUGGUUUUUCACAUGUUUCACAGUGUACAAAUGGUCAAUACCAAAUGGAAUCUCCAGGUCAGCAACUGGCCCAGCGAUCCAGCCAAUCCCGGUCACUUAAAACGUUGAAUAGGUAGAUUAAUGGCUACGUGGGCCUCUAUACCAACUACUAUUAUUAACCAAUCACUGAGCUGGAUUUGGCAGCUCUGCUGUGGGCUAAGGUUUUUCCACAACAGAGCGAUUGUUGCCCACGGCGACCACUGGGAGGUCGUUACGGCAACCCAGAGCUCAUGCAGUUGGCGGCAUGGUGAUGCCUUUGUGAUGAGGGGUCGUGUAAGUAAAGACCACUGUGGCGAAUGGAUUGGUUAUCCAGGUCCAGCAAGUCGCCUUAGGGUCAGCCAAUAUCGUUCACCGUAGUGGACACUUCCUGCCGUCCAGGGAAGUAAAUAGGAGCUGCAAACCCCUAGGCCCCAAACUUAAGUCUGGACCUCGAAGCCAGUUCCACUGCAUUUUUUCAUUGUUCCUCUCUAAUCAGGGACUGAUUUUAGACCUGGGACAACAGGUGUGUGCAAUUUAAUUAUCAGGUCGAACAGAAAACAAGCAGGCUCCGGGCCUCGUAGGGUAAGAGUUAAGGACCCUUGGCCUACAGUGGCUUGCGAAAGUAUUCACCCCCCUUGGCAUUUUUCCUAUUUUGUUGCCUUACAACCUGGAAUUAAAAUUGUUUUUUGGGGGGGGUUUGUAUCAUUUGAUUUACACAAGAUGCAAAAUAUUUUUUCUUGUGAAACAAACAAGAAAUUAGACAAAAAACCAGUACUUGAGCGUGCGUAACUAUUUAAUACUUUGUAGAGCCACCUUUUGCAGCAAUUAUAGCUGCAAGUCUCUUUGGGUAUGUCUCUAUAAGCUUGGCACAUCUAGCUACUUUCAAGUUGGAUGGGUUCCGCUGGUGUACAGCAAUCUUUAAGUCAUACCACAGAUUCUCAAUUGGAUUGAGGUCUGGGCUUUGACUAGGCAAUUCCAAGACAUUUAAAUGUUCCCCUUAAACCACUGGAGUGUUGCAUUAGCAGUAUGCUUAGGGUCAUUGUCCUGCUGGAAGGUGAACCGCUGUCCCAGUCUCAAAUCUCUGGAAGACUGAAACAGGUUUCCCUCAAGAAUUUCCCUGUAUUUAGUGUCAUCCAUCAUUCCUUCAAUUCUGACCAGUCCCUGCCGAUGAAAAACAUGCCCACAGCAUGAUGCUGCCACCAUCUUGUUCUCGAGGUGAUGAGAGGUGUUGGGUUUGCGCCAGACAUAGUUUUCCUUGAUGGACAAAAAGCUACAUUUUAGUCUCAUCUGACCAGAGUACAUUCUUCCAUAUGUUUGGGGAGUCUCCCACAUGCCUUUUGGCGAACACCAAACGUGUUUGCUUAUUUAUUUUUUAAACAAUGGCCACUCUUCCGUAAAGCCCAGCUCUGUGGAGUGUACGGCUUAAAGUGGUCCUAUGGACAGAUACUCCAAUCUCCACUGUGGAGCUUUGCAGCUCCUUCAGGGUUAUCUUUGGUCUCUUUGUUGCCUUUCUGAUUAAUGCCCUCCUUGCCUGGUCCGUGAUUUUGGUGGGCGGCGAUGUUCAAAGUUUCUGAUAUUUCUUUAUAACCCAACCCUGAUCUGUACUCCACAACUUUGUCCCUGACCUGUUUGGAGAGCUCCUUGGUCUUCAUGGUGCCGCUUGCUUGGUGGUGCCCCUUGCUUAGUGGUGUUGCAGACUCUGGGGCCUUUCAGAACAGGUGUGUAUAUACAGUGGGGAGAACAAGUAUUUGAUACACUACCGAUUUUGCAGGUUUUCCUACUUACAAAGCACGUAGAGGUCUGUCAUUUUUAUCAUAGGUACACUUCAACUGUGAGAGACGGAAUCUAAAACAAAAAUCCAGAAAAUCACAUUGUAUGAUUUUUAAGUAAUUAAUUUGCAUUUUAUUGCAUGACAUAAGUAUUUGAUCACCUACCAACCAGUAAGAAUUCCGGCUCUCACAGACCUGUUAGUUUUUCUUUAAGAAGCCCUCCUGUUCUCCACUCAUUACCUGUAUUAACUGCACCUGUUUGAACUCGUUACCUGUAUAAAAGACACCUGUCCACACACUCAAUCAAACAGACUCCAACCUCUCCACAAUGGCCAAGACCAGAGAGCUGUGUAAGGACAUCAGGGAUAAAAUUGUAGACCUGCACAAGGCUGGGAUGGGCUACAGGACAAUAGGCAAGCAGCUUGGUGAGAAGGCAACAACUGUUGGCACAAUUAUUAGAAAAUGGAAGAAGUUCAAGAUGACGGUCAAUCAUCCUCGGUCUGGGGCUCCAUGCAAGAUCUCAUCUCGUGGGGCAUCAAUGUUCAUGAGGAAGGUGAGGGAUCAGCCCAGAACUACACGGCAGGACCUGGUCAAUGACCUGAAGAGAGCUGGGACCACAGUCUCAAAGAAAACCAUUAGUAACACACUACGCCGUCAUGGAUUAAAAUCCUGCAGCGCACGCAAGGUCCCCCUGCUCAAGCCAGCGCAUGUCCAGGCCCGUCUGAAGUUUGCCAAUGACCAUCUGGAUGAUCCAGAGGAGGAAUGGGAGAAGGUCAUGUGGUCUGAUGAGACAAAAAUAGAGCUUUUUGGUCUAAAUUCCACUCGCCGUGUUUGGAGGAAGAAGAAGGAUGAGUACAACCCCAAGAACACCAUCCCAACCGUGAAGCAUGGAGGUGGAAACAUCAUUCUUUGGGGAUGCUUUUCUGCAAAGGGGACAGGACGACUGCACCGUAUUGAGGGGAGGAUGGAUGGGGCCAUGUAUCGCGAGAUCUUGGCCAACAACCUCCUUCCCUCAGUAAGAGCAUUGAAGAUGGGUCGUGGCUGGGUCUUUCAGCAUGACAACGACCCGAAACACACAGCCAGGGCAACUAAGGAGUGGCUCCGUAAGAAGCAUCUCAAGGUCCUGGAGUGGCCUACCCAGUCUCCAGACCUGAACCCAAUAGAAAAUCUUUGGAGGGAGCUGAAAGUCCGUAUUGCCCAGCGACAGCCCCGAAACCUGAAGGAUCUGGAGAAGGUCUGUAUGGAGGAGUGGGCCAAAAUCCCUGCUGCAGUGUGUGCAAACCUGGUCAAGACCUACAGGAAAUGUAUGAUCCCUGUAAUUGCAAACAAAGGUUUCUGUACUGCUUUUCUGAUGUGUCAAAUACUUAUGUCAUGCAAUAAAAUGCAAAUUAAUUACUUAAAAAUCAUACAAUGUGAUUUUCUGGAUUUUUGUUUUAGAUUCCGUCUCUCACAGUUGAAGUGUACCUAUGAUAAAAAAUUACAGACCUCUACAUGCUUUGUAAGUAGGAAAACCUGCAAAAUCGGCAGUGUAUCAAAUACUUGUUCUCCCCACUGUAUACUGAGAUCAUGUGACAGAUCAUGUGACACUUAGAUUGCACACAGGUGGACUUUAUUUAACUAAUAAUGUGACUUCUGAAGAUAAUUCGUUGCACCAGAUCUUAUUUAGGGACUUCAUAGCAAAGGGGGUGAAUACAUAUGCACGCACCACUUUUCCGUUAUUUUUUUUUUUGAAUUCUUUGAAAUACGUUUUUUUUUCAUUUCACUUCACCAAUUUGGACUAUUUUGUGAAUGUCCAUUACAUGAAAUGCAAAUAAAAAUCCAUUUAAAUGACAGGUUGUAAUGCAAAAGUAUUCAUCCCCCUUGGCGUUUUUCUUAUUUGUUGCAAGGCACUGUAGACCCUCACUUGAAGUGCUGUUUUAGCUAAUUUUUAUUGGCCAAAAAAAACUGGCCAGUUUUACAUUGUUAUUGUGGCUAGUUUUAACAGUAGUUUUAAGACCAGCUCUUGGAGAGGGCUGAAAUGGCCAUUCUCUCAGAGGCCCCUCAUAAGUACUUCUAAGCAUACUCACAUUAUGAGUAGGGCUCACAGCCAGUUCUCUAGUAGUUAUCCAGAAGUUCCCCAAACAUAGUCAAAAGUAUUGCCGUUAAUGAACUGCAUGUUUCAUUUGCUUAGUGCUUACACGUCACGCUGACUCAGCAAACUAGCUCUUCUUGUCAGUUUCCCCGCUGAAACUCACACUGGUCUGUCUUUUGAAGUAGCCAGAGCUCAGGAAUCGCAGGCAAUACAUGGGCUACACAUACAUGUCCUCUGUCUCCACGACGAUGACCGUAUUAUAAGCAGCGCCUGUCUUUUUACUAAAGAAAUUCAUAUUGUAUCCCCCUAGAGUCUUAAGGGCCCGGGUCUGAGUUUCUACUAAGCUAGCCUCGUUGAGAACCAGGCUUCCCUAAUGCAUAUCUCUAGCUUAAACAGACAGAUUUUGAUGGGGAUUUUUUAAAUUGUAAUUAUUAUUCUUUGAGCCGAGCACGCUUGGCAUUCUCUCAUCCAGCUUCACCUGGAAUGCUUUUCUAACAGUCUUGAAGGAGUUCCCACAUAUGCUCAGCACUUGUUGGCUGCUUUUCCUUCACUCUGCGGUCCAACUCAUCCCAAACCAUCUCAAUUGGGUUGAGGUCGGGUGAAUGUGGAGGCCAUCAUUAUUCUUUGAGCCAAGCCGCGCAUCAUUUAUUUGCUCGGCACUGAAAAGCCAACUGACAUUUACUCCGGAGGUGCUGACCUGUUGCACCCUCUACAACCACUUUGAUUAUUAUUUGACCCUGCUGGUCAUCUAUGAAUGUUUGAACAUCUUGAAGAACGAUUUGGCCUUAAUGGCCAUGUACUCUUACCUCCACCCGGCACAGCCAGCAGAGGACUGGCUACCCCUCAGAGCCUGGUUCCUCUCUAGGAGUUUUUCCUAGCCAACGUGCUUCUACAUCUGCAUAGCUUGCUGUUUGGGAUUUUAGGCUGGGAUUCUGUAUAAACAAUUUGCGACAUCAUGUAAAAAGGGCUUUAUAAAUACAUUUGAAAAUGUGUGCAUUUCUCUAUAUGCCAACAGUCAUAACCAUUACAGAUAACAAAUCCUAAUAGCUAAAUUGCUACAUAUACAGUACCAGUCAAAAGUUUGGACACACCUACUCAUUCCAGGGUUUUUCUUUAUUUUUACUAUUUUCUACAUUGUAGAAUAAUAGUGAAGUCAUCAAAACUAUGAAAUAACACAUAUGGAAUCAUGUAGUAACCAAAAAAGUGUUAAACAAAGAUUCUUCAAAUAGCCACCCUUUGCCUUAAUGACAGCUUUGCACACUCUUGGUAUUCUCUCAUCCAGCUUCACCUGGAAUGCUUUUCCAACAGUCUUGAAGGAGUUCCCACAUAUGCUGAGCACUUGUUGGCUGCUUUUUCUUCAAUCUGCGGUCCAACUCAUCCCAAACCAUCUCAAUUGGGUUGAGGUCGGGUGAUUGUGGAGGCCAUUAUUAUUCUUUGAGCUGAGAAAUUAUUUAUAAAUAUAUUCUCCACCAGUCUCUCCCUUUACCUCAUUGCCUCAAGCCUCACGAGCUGGGCAUAAAAAUACAUUUAAAAAAUAAUAAAUAAAUAAAAUGUUUUAUUAUUCUUUGAGCCAAGAAAUUAUUUUAUUUAUUUAAAUAUUUAUUUAUAUAUUGCUAAAUAUAUUAAUAAAUACAUAUUUAAACAUAUACAUACAUAUUUAAAUAUUUAAAUAAAUAAAAUUUCUUGGCUCAAAGAAUAAAAAAACAUAUUUUAUUUAUUAUUUUUUUUAAAUGUAUUUUUAUGCCCUCGUGAGGCUUGAGGCAAUGGGGUAAAGGGAGAGACUGGUGGAGAGAAGCAAGGCAGAGUAAGCAGGGGAGAGUGAGAGACAGGGAAACACAGCUGGGAGAGCAAACCCACACCACAGGCUUAGAGACCCUCUCUGGGAGAGCUGCCAUGGAAGCUGACUGACUGAUGAGGAACCCAACCUGCCUGGCUAGAAAGUUUUAGUCAUACCUAAUGCUUCAUGGUGGAUGUCCAAUAACUGCUGCUGGUGUAAAUAAUGACUUACUGAGUUGGUGAAAACCAGCUUCACAUGUAUGACAAUUAAAGUUACUGUUAUGAUGAAGCAUGUGAUUGUUGUACGUUCCAGUCAUAAGUAUUUAUUGCGUCAUCUUAAUCACGUCAGGUUGAAGUAAUGUAAAGCUGUUUUGUUUAUUUAAUGGUGUUUGUUGGUUCUCUCUCAGGUGGCUUCAUGGGGAGUGUGAGAAGCAGGCAGGGGGUGACCCAGACCUCCACCCACAGGCCGACUACGUCUGCACCGUCUGUAAGCAGGUGGAGAGCGACAUGGUGGAAACCCCGGCCAGCCCCAUCCAGGAAUCCACAGAACCAGAACCAGAACCCACUAUGGGUAAGAAACACACACAGCUGUAUACAGCUGUCAUUUACCUAUGUAGAAAACUACCGUUAUCUUGUGUGUCAGGUGGGUACUGGGACAGCAAAAUAUAAAUAAUUUCUGUGCAAAUGGACCAAGCCAGUAUUGUUUUGUCUUAUUGUUGACUAUAUGGAGUAGUGCUCUAGUCUGGUUCACUAUGUGGAAUAGUGAUCUAGUCUUGUUGGCUGUGGAAUAGUGCUGUAGUCUAGUUCAGGGAUGGGCAACUGGUGGCAGCCCAACAUUUUAUUUUUAUUUAUUAUUUAACACAUUUUGGGAACUCACUAACUGUUGAGUUAGAAUAGUAGAAUACAAAAGGUGCAAUUUCGAAAUUGAUUCGUAAGUUAGUCUAGACUGCUAUCUAAACUUGAAGUAAUCAUGGUCGUAUUACCGACUGGGGGGACCGCAUUGAAUUUGUUGGUCACUCUCACUCAAAUAUAUUAACUGAAAACAUUUCUUUCCACCCCAUGGCAAAAUUAGUAGAAUUGCAUGAAGUUAGUUAUUAAAUUGCAAAAUCUUCUCUCCGCCCCAUGGACCAAUGUGUAGAAUUACAGGGAAUGAACUCAGUUUUUUUUUCUUUCUCCGCUGUCAAGAGGGGGGCGGGGGCACUACUGCGGCCCCUCCAUAAUGAAUUCUGAAUUUUUUUGUGCCCCCACUCCCAUGACAGUUGCCCGUCCCUGGUCUAGUUGACUACGUGGAAUAGAAUUGUAGUCUUGUUGACUGUGCAAUAGUGAUGUAGUGUUGUUGUUGACUAUGUGGAAUAGUGCUGCAGUCUAGUUUAGGAAUGGGCGUUUGGCAUUUUUUGACUGUUCGAAUACGCGCAUGAUUUAUUUGCUUGGCUCUGAAAAGCCAACUGCGGAGGUGCUGACUUGUUGCACCCUCUACAACCACUGUGAUUAUUAUUUGACCCUGCUGGUCAUCUAUGAAUGUUUGAACAUCUUGAAGAACGAUUUGGCCUUAAUGGCCAUGUACUCUUAUCUCCCCGGCACAGCCAGAAGAGGACUGGCCACCCCUCAGAGCCUGGUUCCUCUCUAGGAGUUUUUCCUAGCCAACGUGCUUCUACAUCUGCAUAGCUUGCUGUUUGGGAUUUUAGGAUGGGCUUCUGUAUAAGCAAUUUGCGACAUCUGCUAAUGUAAAAAGGGCUUUAUAAAUACAUUUGAAAAUGUGUGCAUUUCUCUAUAUGCCAACAGUCAUAACCAUUACAGAUAACAAAUCCUAAUAGCUAAAUUGCUACAUAUACAGUACCAAUCAAAAGUUUGGACACCCCUACUCAUUCCAGGGUUUUAUCUUUAUUUUUUACUAUUUUCUACAUUGUAGAAUAAUAGUGAAGACAUCAAAACUAUGAAAUAACACAUAUGGAAUCAUGUAGUAACUAAAACUGUGUUAAACAAAUCAAAAUAUAUUUUAUAUUUGAGAUUCUUCAAAUAGCCACCCUUUGCCUUGAUGACAGCUUUGCACACUCUUGGCAUUCUCUCAUCCAGAUUCACCUGGAAUGCUUUUCCAACAGUCUUGAAGGAGUUCCCACAUAUGCUGAGCACUUGUUGGCUGCUUUUCCUUCACUCUGUGGUUCAACUCAUCCCAAACCAUCUCAAUUGGGUUGAGGUCGGGUGAUUGUGGAGGCCAGGUCAUCUGAUGCAGCACUCCAUCACUCUACUUCUUGGUAAAAUAGCCCAUACACAGCCUAGAGGUGUGUUGGGUCAUUGUCCUGUUGAAAAACAAAUGAUAGUCCAACUAAGCACAAACCAGAUGAGUGGCAUAACGCUGCAGAAUGCUGUGGGAGCCAUGCUGGUUAAGUGUGCCUUGAAUUCUAAAUAAAUCACAGACAGUGUCACCAGCAAAGCACCAUCACACCACCUCCUCCAUGCUUCACGGUGGGAACCACACAUGCGGAGAUCGUCUCACAAAGACACGGCGGUUGGAACCAAAAAUCUCAAAUUGUACUCAUCAGACCAAUGGACAGAUUUCCACCGGUCUAAUGUCCAUUGCUCGUGUUUCUUGGCCCAAGCAGCUCUCUUCUUAUUAUUGGUGUCCUUUAGUAGUGGUUUCUUGGCAACAAUUCGUCCAUGAAGGCCUGAUUCACGCAGUCUCCUCUGAACAGUUGAUGUUGCAAUGUUUACUUGAACUCUGAAGCAUUUACAGUUGAAGUCGGAAGUUUACAUACACUUAGGUUGGAGUCAUUAAAACUCGUUUUUCAACAACUCCACAAAUGUCUUGUUAACAAACUAUAGUUUUGGUAAGUCGUUUAGAACAUCUACUUUGUGCAUGACACAAGUAAUUUUUCCAACAAUUGUUUACAGACAGAUUAUUUCACUUAUAAUUCACUGUAUCACAAUUCCAGUGGGUCAGAAGUUUACAUACACUAAGGUGACUGUGCCUUUAAACAGCUUGGAAAAUUCCAGAAAAUGUUGUCAUGGCUUUAGAAGCUUCUGAUAGGCUAAUUGACAUCAUUUGAGUCAAUUGGAGGUGUACCUGUGGAUGUAUUUCAAGGCUUACCUUCAAACUCAGUGCCUCUUUGCUUGACAUCAUGGGAAAAUCAAAAGAAAUCAGCCAAGACCUCAGAAAAAAAUUGUAGACCUCCACAAGUCUGGUUCAUCCUUGGGAGCAAUUUCCAAAUGCCUGAAGGUACCACGUUCAUCUGUACAAACAAUAGUACGCAAGUAUAAACACCAUGGGACCACGCAGCCGUCAUACCGCUCAGGAAGGAGACGCGUUCUGUCUCCUAGAGAUGAACGUAGUUUGGUGCGUGAAGAGCAAAUCAAUCCCAGAACAACAGCAAAGGACCUUGUGAAGAUGCUGGAGGAAACGGGUACAAAAGUAUCUACAGUGGGGAGAACAAGUAUUUGAUACACUGCCGAUUUUGCAGGUUUUCCUACUUACAAAGCAUGUAGAGGUCUGUCAUUUUUAUCAUAGGUACCCUUCAACUGUGAGAGAUGGAAUCUAAAACAAAAAUCCAGAAAAUCACAUUGUAUGAUUUUUAAGUAAAUAAUUUGCAUUUUAUUGCAUGACAUAAAUAUUUGAUACAUCAGAAAAGCAGAACUUAAUAUUUGGUACAGAAACCUUUGUUUGCAAUUACAGAGAUCAUACAUUUCCUGUAGGUCUUGACCAGGUUUGCACACACUGCAGCAGGGAUUUUGGCCCACUCCUCCAUACAGACCUCCUCCAGAUCCUUCAGGUUUCGGGGCUGUCGCUGGGCAAUACAGACUUUCAGCUCCCUCCAAAGAUUGUCUAUUGGGUUCAGGUCUGGAGACUGGCUAGGCCACUCCAGGACCUUGAGAUGCUUCUUACGGAGCCACUCCUUAGUUGCCCUGGCUGUGUGUUUCGGGUUGUUGUCAUGCUGGAAGACCCAGCCACGACCCAUCUUCAAUGCUCUUACUGAGGGAAGGAGGUUGUUGGCCAAGAUCUCGCGAUACAUGGCCCCAUCCAUCCUCCCCUCAAUACGGUGCAGUCGUCCUGUCCCCUUUGCAGAAAAGCAUCCCCAAAGAAUGAUGUUUCCACCUCCAUGCUUCACGGUUGGGAUGGUGUUCUUGGGGUUGUACACAUCCUUCUUCUUCCUCCAAACACGGCGAGUGGAGUUUAGACCAAAAAGCUCUAUUUUUUGUCUCAUCAGACCACAUGACCUUCUCCCAUUCCUCCUCUGGAUCAUCCAGAUGGUCAUUGGCAAACUUCAGACAGGCCUGGAAAUGCGCUGGCUUGAGCAGGGGGACCUUGCGUGCGCUGCAGGAUUUUAAUCCAUGACGGCGUAGUGUGUUACUUAAUGGUUUUCUUUGAGACUGUGGUCCCAGCUCUCUUCAGGUCAUUGACCAGGUCCUGCCGUGUAGUUCUGGGCUGAUCCCUCACCUUCCUCAUGGUCAUUGAUGCCCCACGAGGUGAGAUCUUGCAUGGAGCCCCAGACCGAGGGUGAUUGACCGUCAUCUUGAACUUCUUCCAUUUUCUAAUAAUUGCGCCAACAGUUGUUACCUUCUCACCAAGCUGCUUGCCUAUUGUCCUGUAGCCCAUCCCAGCUUUGUGCAGGUCUACAAUGUUAUCCCUUAUGUUCUUACACAUCUCUCUGGUCUUGGCCAUUGUGGAGAGGUUGGAGGCUGUUUGAGUGUGUGGACAGGUGUCUUUUUAUACAGGUAACGAGUUCAAACAGGUGCAGUUAAUACAGGUAAUGAGUGGAGAACAGGAGGGCUUCUUAAAGAAAAACUAACUGGUCUGUAAGAGCCGGAAUUCUUACUGGUUGGUAGGUGAUCAAAUACUUAUGUCAUGCAAUAAAAUGCAAAUUAAUUACUUAAAAAUCAUACAAUGUGAUUUUCUGGAUUUUUGUUUUAGAUUCCGUCUCUCACAGUUGAAGUGUACCUAUGAUAAAAAUGACAGACCUCUACAUGCUUUGUAAGUAGGAAAACCUGCAAAAUAGGCAGUGUAUCAAGUACUUGUUCUCCCCACUGUAUAUCCACAGUAAAACAAGUCUUAUAUCGACAUCUGAAAGGCCGCUCAGCAAGGAAGAAGCCACUGCUCCAAAUCCGCCAUAAAAAAGCCAGACUACGGUUUGCAACUGCACAUGGGGACAAAGAUCGUACUUUUUGGAGAAAUGUCCUCUGGUAUGAUGAAACAAAAAUAGAACUGUUUGGCCAUAAUGACCAUUGUUAUGUUUGGAGGAAAAAGGGGGUUGCUUGCAAGCCGAAGAACACCAUCCCAACCGUGAAGCACGGGGGUGGCAGCAUCAUGCAGUGCGGGUGCUUUACUGCAGGAGGGACAGGUGCACUUCACGAAAUAGAUGGCAUCAUGAGGAAGGAAAAUUAUGUGGAUAUAUUGAAGCAACAUCUCAAGACAUCAGUCAGGAAGUUAAAGCUUGGUCUCAAAUGGGUCUUCCAAAUGGACAAUAACCCCAAGCAUACUUCCAAAGUUGUGGCAAAAUGGCUUAAGGACAACAAAGUCAAGUUAUUGGAGUGGCCAUCACAAAGCCCUGACCUCAAUCCUAUAGAAAAUGUGUGGGCAGAACUUAUAAAGCGUGUGCGAGCAAGGAGGCCUACAAACCUGACUCAGUUACACCAGCUCUGUCAGGAGGAAUGGGCCAAAAUUCACCCAACUUAUUGUGGGAAGCUUGUGGAAGGCUACCCGAAACGUUUGACCCAAGUUAAACAAUUUAAAGGCAAUGCUACCAAAUACUAAUUUGAGUGCAUGCGAACUUCUGACCCACUGGGAAUGUGAUGAAAGAAAUAAAAGCUGAAAGAAAUAAUUCUCUCUACUAUUAAUCUGACAUUUCACAUUCUUAAAAUAAAGUGGUGAUCCUAACUGACAUAAGACAGGGAAUUUUUACUAGGAUUAAAUGUCAGGAAUUGUGAAAAACUGAGUUUAAAUGUAUUUGGCUAAGGUGUAUGUAAACUUCUGACUUCAACUGUAUUUGGGCUGCAAUUUCUGAGGCUGGUAACUCUAAUGAACUUAUCCUCUGCUGUAGAGGUAACGCUGGGUCUUCCUUUCCUCUGGCGGUCCUGGUGAGAGCCAGUUUCAUCAUAGCUCUUGAUGGUUUUGCGACUGCACUUGAAGAAACUUUCAAAGUUCUUGAAAUGUUCCGCAUUGACUGACCUUCAUGUCUUAAAGUAAUGAUGGACUGUCGUUUCUCUUUGCUUGUUUGAGCUGUUCUUGCCAUAAUAUGGACUUGGUAUUUUACCAAAUAGGGCUAUGUUCUGUAUACCCCCCCCUACCUUAUCACAACACAGCUGAAUGGCUCAAACGCAUUAAGAAGGAAAUAAAUUCCACAAAUUAACUUUUAAGAAGGCACACCUGUUAAUUUAAAUGCAUUUCAGGUGACUACCUCAUUAAGCUGGUUGAGAGAAUGCCAACAGUGUGCAAAGCUGUCAAGGCAAAGGGUGGCUAUUUGAAGAAUCUCAAAUAUAAAAUAUAUUUAGCUUUGUUUAACACUUUCUUUUGGUUACUACAUGAUUCCAUAUGUGUUAUUUAAUCGUUUUGAUGUCUUCACUAUUAUCCUACAAUGUAGUCUCCCGAGUGGCGCAGUGGUCUAAGGCACUGCAUCGCAGUGCUAGCUGUGCCACUAGAGAUCCUGGUUUGAAUCCAGGCUCUGUCGUAGCCGGCCGCGACCGGGAGACCCAUGGGGCGGCGCACAAUUGGCCCAGCGUCGUCCAGGGUAGGGGAGGGAAUGGCCGGCAGGGGAUGUAGCUCAGUUGGUAGAGCAUGGCGUUUGCAACGCCAGGGUUGUGGGUUCGAUAAAAUAAUGUAUGUGCUAACUGUAAGUCGCUCUGGAUAAGAGCGUCUGCUAAAUGACUAAAAUGUAAAUGUAGAAAAUUGUAAAAAUAAGAGAAACCCUUGAAUGAGUAGGUGUGUCCAAACUUUUUACUGGUACUGUAUAUUCAGUCAAUUAAAAAAUCUAUAAAUGCCAUUUACGAUACAUGUAUUGAAACCGUAAUAUCAACUGGUUAUAUUAUAUCAUGGAAGGCAAUCUUCAAAAAGGUAGCAACCUCAGUAGUGGCACUUGCUUGUAGAAGUCUAUGUCUGUGCACUGACACAACCUUGUUUUGUUAAUUUAGCAGACAACGCUCUUCUUUUCCGAGCCCUUAUCAAAGUAAAGACACCUAUUUUAUAGUAAAAAGAGCAUGAUGUAAUAUAACAGAAUAAAAUAAAACCAAAUAUUUUUCCAAAUUAAAUAAGUUGCCAGUGCGUAGUGAUGUGCAUCUCGCGUUUGGAACAGAUAUUCUCAGAGUGAUCAUUUGAAAUGGGGCUCAAUUUGGCGAGUUGAAAGACUAUUUGUUUUCAGGGUUACAAACACAAAUCUGUGUUCUAUUCAAUAUACAGACGUUUGAUUUAGUUUAUUCUGCCUGUUCUUUGGAAUUUUCUAAAUGGAUUAACAAUUCCACAUUGAACAACGCAUGGGGAUUAAUUACGGCCGUGAGUAGGCCUAGGCUUAAUGAUUCUGAUGAAAAUAUGCUUGUUGUAUUUAUCAAACAGUUUUUGCAUAUUUUCACUGUCUGUUUUGUGGGGUUAUAGACAUAAAUGGCUCUAGCAGUUCGAAGUAGCCUAAGGGAAAAAUUGACGGGACGCAAUUAUUCCAAAACGGCAGAGCUUGUUGUUGGAACACAUAUUUCCCUACUUCAGUCAACCAGUCCUUUUUGAAUUUCUGAUAAAACUGUCAUCAUUUGGCAAGGAAUGUAGUUUGUGCAUCCCAUCAGAUAUUUCUGUAGGCCUAACAGGAGCUUGUGUAGAGGGAGCGGUCGGAACGCAGUUGAGUUUUUUAUUUAUUUAUUUCACCUUUAUUUAACCAGGUAAGCCAGUUGAGAACAAGUUCUCAUUUACAACUGCGACCUGGCCAAGAUAAAGCAAAGCAGUGCGAUAAAAACAACAACACAGAGUUACAUAUGGGGUAAAACAAAACAGAAAGUCAAAAAAUACAACAGAAAAUAUAUAUACAGUGUGUGCAAAUGUAGCAAGUUAUGGAGGUAAGGCAAUAAAUAGGCUAUAGUGCAAAAUAAUUACAAUUAGUAUUAACACUGGAAUGCUAGAUGUGCAAGAGAUUAUGUGCAAAUAGAGAUACUGGGGUGCAAAAUAGCAAAAUAAAUAACAAUAUAGGGAGGAGGUAGUUGGGUGGGCUAAUUUCAGAUGGGCUGUGUACAGGUGCAGUGAUCGGUAAGGUGCUCUGACAACUGAUGCUUAAAGUUAGUGAGGGAGAUAAGAGUCUCCAGCUUCAGAGAUGUUUGCAAUUCGUUCCAGUCAUUGGCAGCAGAGAACUGGAAGGAAUGGCGGCCAAAGGAGGUGUUGGCUUUGGGGAUGACCAGUGAGAUAUACCUGCUGGAGCGCAGACUACGGGUGGGUGCUGCUAUGGUGACCAAUGAGCUAAGAUAAGGCGGGGAUUUGCCUAGCAGUGAUUUAUAGAUGGCCUGGAGCCAGUGGGUUUGACUAUGAACAUGUAGUGAGGACCAGCCAACAAGAGCGUACAGGUCACAGUGGUGGGUAGUGUAUGGGGCUUUGGAGACAAAACGGAUGGCACUGUGAUAGACUACAUCCAAUUUGCUGAGUAGAGUGUUGGAGGCUAUUUUGUAAAUGACAUCGCCGAAGUCAAGGAUCGGUAGGAUAGUCAGUUUUACGAGGGCAUGUUUGGCAGCAUGAGUGAAGGAGGCUUUGUUGCGAAAUAGGAAGCCGAUUCUAGAUUUAACUUUGGAUUGGAGAUUCUUAAUGUGAGUCUGGAAGGAGAGUUUACAGUCUAACCAGACACCUAGGUAUUUGUAGUUGUCCAUAUACUCUAGGUCAGAACCGUCGAGAGUAGUGAUUCUAGUCGGGUGGGCGGGUGCCAGCAGCGUUCGAUUGAAGAGCAUGCAUUUAGUUUUACUAGUGUUUAAGAGUAGUUGGAGGCUACUGAAGGAGUGUUGUAUGGCAUUGAAGCUCGUUUGGAGGUUUGUUAACACAGUGUCCGUUUGAAGGGCCAGAUGUAUACAAAAUGGUGUCGUCUGCGUAGAGGUGGAUCUGAGAGUCACCAGCAGCAAGAGCGACAUCAUUGAUAUACACGGAGAAAAGAGUCAGCCCAAGAAUUGAACCCUGUGGCACCCCCAUAGAGACUGCCAGAGGUCCAGACAACAGGCCCUCCGAUUUGACACAUUGAACUCUAUCUGAGAAGUAGUUGGUGAACCAGGCGAGGCAGUCAUUUGAGAAACCAAGGCUAUUUAGUCUGCCAAUAAGAAUGCGGUGGUUGACAGAGUCGAAAGCCUUGGCCAGGUCGAUGAAGACGGCUGCACAGUACUGUCUAUUAUCGAUCACGGUUAUAAUAUCGUUUAGGACCUUGAGCGUGGCUGAGGUGCACCCAUGACCAGCUCGGAAACCGGAUUGCAUAGCGGAGAAGGUACGGUGUGAUUCGAAAUGGUCGGUGUUCUGUUUGUUAACUUGGCUUUCAAAUACUUUCGAAUGGCAGGGAAGGAUGGAUAUAGGUCUGUAACAGUUUGGAUCUAGAGUGUCACCCCCUUUGAAGAGGGGGAUGACCGCGGCAGCUUUCCAAUCUCUGGGGAUCUCAGACGUUACGAAAGAGAGGUUGAACAGGCUAGUAAUAGGGGUUGCGACAAUUUCUGCGGCUAGUUUUAGAAAGAAAGGGUCCAGAUUGUCUAGCCCAGCUGAUUUGUAGGGGUCCAGAUUUUGCAGCUCUUUCAGAACAUCAGCUGUCUGAAUUUGUGUGAAGGAGAAGCGCGGGGGGGGGGGGGCAUGGGCAAGUUGCAGCGGAGGGUGCAGAGUUGGUGGCCAGGGUAGUGGUAGCCAGGUGGAAAGCAUGGCCAGCCAUAGCAAAAUGCUUGUUGAAAUUCUCGAUUAUUGUAGAUUUAUCGGUGGUGAUAGUGUUUCCUAGCCUCAGUGCAGUGGGCAGCUGGGAGGAAGUGCUCUUAUUCUCCAUGGACUUUACAGUAUCCCAAAACUUUUUGGAGUUAGUGCUACAGGAUGCAAAUUUCUGUUUGAAAAAGUUAGCCUUUGCUUUCCUGACUGCUUGUGUAUAUUGGUUCCUAACUUCCCUGAAAAGUUGCAUAUCGCGGGGGCUAUUUGAUGCUAAUACAGUACGCCACAGAAUGUUUUUGUGCUGGUCAAGGGCAGUCAAGUCUGAGGAGAACCAGGGGCUAUAUCUGUUCUUAGUUCUGUAUUUUUUGAAUGGGGCAUGUUUAUUUAAGGAAAUUACUUUUAAAGAACAACCAGGCAUCCUCUACUGACGGAAUGAGUUAGUGAAACAUUGACGGGGUUUAGGUAGGAGAACUGUGUGAUGCUUGGCUUGGUUAAAUUUUUGUUGUGCCCCGCAAAUGCACAUGUAGAAAUGGAACACCAGAGUCAAAGCAAAUUAAUGUUGUCUUCAAGACAACAUUUCUAUCUCUGGUUAAAGAUCGAGUUUGACAUCCGUUCGAGUACUUGAUUACUCAUGCCCAUCCCUAGUCUAGUUGUUGACUAUGUGGAAUAGUGCUUUAGUCUUGUUGUUGACAAAUAGGGCUGUAGUCUUGUUGACUAUCUGGAAUAUUGUUGUGGGCUUGUUGACACUGUGGAAUAGUGCUGUAGUCUUUGACUUAGUCAACAAGACUACAACACUUUUCCUUGAUGUGGAUUAGUGUUGUAGUCUUUGACUGAUUAGUGUUGUAGUACUGUUGACUAUGUGGAAUAGUGUUAAUGUCUAGUUGACUGUGGAAGAGUGUUAUCGUCUAGUUGACUGUGGAAUAGUGUUGUAGUCUCAUUGACUAUCAGAAUAGUGUUGUCUAGUUGACUGUGGGAUAGUGUUGUAGUCUUGUUGACUGUGGAAUAGUGUUGUAGUACUGUAGACUAUGUGUAAUAAGGUUAUUGUCUAGUUGGUUAUGUGGAAUAGUAUUGUAGUCUUGGUGACAAUGGAAUAGUGUUGUAGUCUUGUUGACAAUGGAAUAGUGUUGUAGUCUUGUUGACUAUGGAAUAGUGUUGUAGUCUUGUUGACUAUGGAAUAGUGUUGUAGUCUUGUUGACUGGAAUAUUGUAGUCUUCUUGACUGGAAUAGUGCUGUAGUCUAGUUGUUGAGUAUGUGGAAUAGUGCUGUAGUCUAGUUGUUGAGUAUGUGGAAUAGUGCUGUAGUCUUUGACGUAGUGGAGAAUGUGUGUAGUCUUGUUGACUGGAAUAGUGUUGUAGUCUUGUUGACUAUGUAAUAGGGUUAUUGUCUAGUGGACUAUGUGGAAUAGUGUUGUAGUCUGGCUGAUUAUGUGGAAUAGUGCUGUAGUCUUGUUGUUGACUAUGUGUAAUAGUGCUGUAGUCUUGUUGUUGAAUAUGUGAAAUAGUGCUGUAGUCUUGUGGUUGACUAUGUGGAAUAGUGCUGUAGUCUUGUUGACUAUUUGGCUCGCGCAAACAAUGAACUGGCCAGAACACAUUUUUUGGAAAAUAACUAAUUGGGUUUGGGGUUUUGUGAAAUGUUUUUGGAUGAUGCAGUUAAAUUCUGCCGAUACUCGAAAAGAAGGUCCACACAGCAAUGUCUGAAUCCCUUCCAUCCACUCCAUCUCUCUGAGCCAGGCAGCAAGUGGUGGGAGAGAAAUGCAUCAAUUACUGGCUUCCUGUAUUCACAGAACCAGCUGGUGACCUAUCAUGGGCUGGCCCCACCAGCUAAAAGCCAAUCUGAUUUCCCUCGAAGGCAUUAUUACCAGGCCUAAUGAAAAUGGACCCUGUUCCCAGCCCGCUUGGCACCCAGAUGAAUUGUGGCGCGGAUUUGUUGUGAUUUCCCCCUUUCUUCUCCUCUCCCUGUAGCCACUCAUCACCCUUCUCCACUGCCUUUGUACAAUGUGUGUGUGGGGGAAAGAGGAGGAUGUGAGGGAGUGUGUUAGUGUGUGCAAGUGGGAUACACAUGUGUGUAUGCAAACGCAUCAGUGUGUGCAUUUGUGUGCGCGCGCAUAUGCAUUGGCCCAAUGUUCCCCCCCAAAAAAUUUAGGCACUGAGCAAAUUUCAGGUCUGCUGAGCGCAAACUUGAACAUUGUGAAAAUUCUGUGCAACUUCCGGAACGUUUACUGUGAACACUAAGGCUGUACCUGCUUUAAGUUAGUGUUAACAGUGGUCAAGUAGGCCACUGUGGCUAUUUGAUCAUAAUGUAGGCCUACCAGUGGCCUACCAUCAAUAACAAUGGAGAAAAUGCAUCCCAUAACAUUUUAACAUUGGAUGCCCCCCCCCCCCCCCCCUCUCUCUCUCUCAUACAUCUCUUUCUGCGUCUACGACAGUGGUUCCCAACCUUUUUUGGUUUCUCUACCACAACUGAAUUUUGAAAAAUGUAGGCACACAGAAAUUUAGGAGCACAAUGAAAAAUAUUUGAGAUAUUAAAGCUAGAAUUCUUAAUUUUCCUAGACGCACUGAUGCUCAUUAAAAAAAAUCCAGGUCGCACAACAAAUAUUUAGGCGCAUAUACGAGUAAAAUGGUCGAAUGUGCACACUCGCUACAUGUAGCUCUCGCUUUGAUCUCAAAACAAACGCAUCUACUCACAACCGCUCAUGCUGUAAACACAGUCCAGUUUAAAGUGAAUGGCACAGAUCCAUAUAUUGCAAUGGUCUAUUUGCAUAUAGGCCUACUGCAGCGCUGAUUGGUUAUGGCGCACAGGUCUGUGUGGAGUAAGGGCCUGAGUCGUGCCUGUCAAAGCAAUAGAAUCCUACUCCGACGCGUUCUACCUACAACAAAAUCUCUUGCAUAGUUUUGUUUCGGUAUGUUGCAAUGAAAGUGGCUAAUAUUGUAUUGGUUCGAUCACAAUUCCCACAAUACUUUGUGCUUCUCUGCGUGUGCUGAUAUUUAUUCUGUACGGCAGUCCCGGGGGAGCUGCACACGCGUGCAGCUUAGAGGGAACAUUGCAUGGGCCUACAGUGCAUUCGGAAAGUAUUCAGACCCCUUGACGUUUUCCACAUACGGUACAGCCUUAUUCUAAAAUGGAUUAAAUAAAUAAAAAUCCUCAUCAAUCUAGAUACAAUACCCCAUAAUGACAAAGCGAAAACAACUUUCUACAACUUGAUUUGUAGUCCACCUGUGGUAAAUUCAAUUGAUUGGACAUGAUUUGGAAAGGCACACACCUGUCUUUAUAAGGUCCCGCAGUUGACAGUGCAUGUCAGAGUAAAAACCAAGCCAUGAGGUCGAAGGAAUUGUCCGUAGAUUGUGUCAACGCACAGAUCUGGGGAAGGGUACCAAAACAUGUAUGCAGCAUUGCAUGUCCCCAAGAACACAGUGGCCUCCAUCAUUCUUAAAUGGAAGACGUUUGGAACCACCAAGACUCUUCCUAGAGCUGGCCGCCCGGCCAAACUGAGCAAUCGGGGGAGAAGGGCCUUGGUCAGGGAGGUGACCAAGAACCCGGACCCACUCUGACAGAGCUCUAGAGUUCCUCUGUGGAGAUGGGAGAACCUUCCAGAAGGACAACCAUCUCUGCAGCACUCCACCAAUCAGGCUUUUCUGGUAGAGUUGCCAGACGGAAGCCACUCCUCAGUAAAAGGCACAUGACAGCCCACUUGGAGUUUUCCAAAAGGCACCUAAAGGACUCUGACCAUGAGAAAUAAGAUUCUCUGGUCUGAUGAAACCAAGAUUGAACUCUUUGGCCUGAAUGCCAAGCGUCACAUCUGUAGGAAACCAGGCACCGCUCAUCACCUGGCCAAUACUAUCCCUACGGUGAAGCAUGGUGGCAGCAUCAUGCUGUGGGGAUGUUUUUCAGUUGCAGGUACUGGGAGACUAGUCAGGAUCGAGGGAAAGAUGAACGGAGCAAAGUACAGAGAGAUCCUUGAUGAAAACCUGCUCCCCAUCCAACCUGACAGAGCUUGAGGAGGAUCUGCAGAGAAGAAUGGGAGAAACUCCCCAAAUACAGGUGUGCCAAGAUUGUAGCGUCAUACCCAAGAAGACUCAAGGCUGUAAUCGCACCCAAAGGUGCUUCAAGAAAGUACUGAGUAAAGGGUCUGAAUACUUAUGUAAAUGUGUAUUUCAAUUUUUAUUUGUUAUACAUUUGCCAACAUUUCUAAACCUGUUUUUGCUUUGUCAUUAUUGGGUAUUGUUUGUGGAUUGAUGAGGAAAAAAUACAAUUUAAUCAAUUGUAGGAUAAGGCUAUAACGUAACAAAAUGUGGAAAAAGUAGAGGGGUCUGAAUACUUUCCGAAUGCACUGUAUGCAUGACUUUACAUGAUGACGGGAUUUUUUUGUCGUAGCCAUGGGCCCCUCUUUUGUGGAAUCAGGCUGCCAGCAGCAGAGUGCUGGGCCCGGGCCAAAACAGGCCAGACUGCAGAGUACAGUGAGAGGAAGCAAUCAUCCUCUCUCUCUGUUUGUUCUUUUCUUUCUCUCUUUCUCGCUCUCGCUCGCUCUCUCGCUCGUGCUCGCUCUCUCGCUCUCCUUUUCCUGUCACAUGUCCUGGCGCCUACAGACACAGCACCACAUCACGCUCUAUACACGACGGUAGACUCAUAGGCCUACACUUGUAAUGUUUAACACUAAUACAGUAAUGUUGCUAAUGCAUAACUCAUUCUGGGGGAUGGUGUCGCUCAGUCAGAGCAGAGUUUUCGCUAAGCCCUCUUUUCACACUUUCUAUCCUGUUGGCUCUAUUAUUUCUCUACUGGUCCUCUCUCACUUUCUUUCCCUUCCUCUCUCCGGUCGUCUCAAGCUUUCUCCCUCUAACCUGUCUCUCUAUCUAGCUAGUGCAGCUGAGGCUAUGGUGUUGUGUGUGGCACUGUGUGUGUGUUUCAGUGUGAUUGGAACUUCAGAACCAUUUGUAUUUAUGUUUUACCACUCCAGACAAUGGGAGCACUUGCCUCAAUGUCAAGGGUCUGAUUCAAGCAAGGGCCUUUUGUUGCAGGGUGUGUCCCAAAUGGCAUCCUAUUCCCUAUGUUGUGCACUACUUUUGACCAGGGCCCAUGGGGACUAUGAUCAAAAGUAAUGCGUUAUUUAGGAAGUGGGGUGCCAUUUGGGACAGAGCCAAGUACAGACCGCUCCCAUUGUAUUACAUGAGCUACAUCACUCUAGUGGUAGUCUCAUCUGCAGCUACCAGAAAUACAAUGCAACAGUAUUGACUUGUAUGAGAGGUCGAGUAAUAAAAGGAGAAUUCCUACAAAUUCUUACCAAAAGUGAAUCUUUAUUGUGAACUGUAUAAAGAACACAACGUGUCACUGUCAACCGUAUGAUUGAAGCUGCAAUGAGACACGACUAGUAUAGAUAGUCUAUAGAUACUUUUGUAUAUAUAUAUUGUAUAUUGUGGUCCUCUGUAGCUCAGCUGGUAGAGCACGGCGCUUGUAACGCCAAGGUAGUGGGUUCGAUCCCCGGGACCACCCAUACACAAAAAAUGUAUGCACGCGUGACUGUAAGUCGCUUUGGAUAAAAGCGUCUGCUAAAUGGCAUAUUAUAUUAUUAUAUUAUAUAUUAGCAUGUGGACACCCCUUCAAAUUAGUGGAUUUGGCUAUUUCAGCCACACCCGUUGCUGACAGGUGUAUCAAAUCGAGCACACAGCCAUGCAAUCUCCAUAGACAAACAUGAGCAGUAGAAUGGCCUUACUGAAGAGCUCAGUGACUUUCAACGUGGGGCACCUUUCCAACAAGUCAGUUUGUCAAAUGUCUCCCCUUCUAGAGCUGCCCCGGUCAACUGUAAGUGCUGUUAUUGUGAAGUGGAAACUUGUAGGAGCAACAAUGGCUCAGCCGCGAAGUGGUAGGCCACACAAGCUCACAGAACGGGACAGCCGAGUGCUGAAGCACGUAGCGCGUAAAAAUCGUCUGUCCUCGUUUGUGACACUCACUACCAAGUCCCAAACUGCCUCUGGAAACAACGUCAGCACAAUAACUGUUAGUCGGGAGCUUCAUUAUAUGGUUUUCCAUGGCUGAGCAGCCGCACACAAGCCUAACAUCACCAUGUGCAAUGCCAAGCGUCGGCUGGAGUGGUGUAAAGCUCGUCGCCAUUGGACUUUGGAGCAGUGGAAACGUGUUCUCUGGAGUGAUGAAUCACGCUUCACCGUCUGGCAGUCCGACAGACGAAUCUGGGUUUGGCGGACGCCAGGAGAGCGCUACCUGCCCAAAUGCAUAUUGCCAACUGUAGGAGUUGGUGUAGGAGGAAUAAUGGUCGGUGGUUGUUUUUCAUGAUUCGGGCUAGGCCCCUUAGUUACAGUGAAGGGAAAUCUUAACGCUACAGCAUACAAUGACAUUCUAGACGAUUCUGUGCUUCCAACUUUGUGGCAACAAUUUGGGGAAGGCCCUUUCCUGUUUCAGCAUGACAAUGAUCCCGUGCACAAAGCGAGGCCCAUACAGAAAUGGUUUGUCGAGAUCUGUGUGGAAGAACUUGACUGGCCUGCACAGAGCCCUGACCUCAACCCCAUCGAACACCUUUGGUAUGAAUUGGAACGCCGACUGCGAGCCAGGCCUAAUCGCCCAACCUCACUAAGGCUCUUGUGGCUGAAUGGAAUCAAGUCCCCGCAGCAAUGUUCCAACAUCUAGUGGAAUGCCUUCCCAGAAGAGUGGAGGCUGUUAUAGCAGCAAAGGUAGGUGGGACCAACUCCAUAUUAAUGCCCAUGAUUUUCGAAUGAGAUGUUUGACGAGCAGGUGUCCACAUACUUUUGGUCAUGUAGUGUUGGUGCUCGUUCUAUAAUUAAGCAAUAAGGCCAGAGGGGGUGUGGUAUAUGGCCAAUGUACCACGGCUAAGGGCUGUUCUUAUGCAUGAUGCAACGCAGAGUGCCUGGAUACAUCCCUUAGCCUUGGUAUAUUGGCCAUAUUACUAUUAUAAACUGGUUACCAACGAAAUUAGAGCAGUAAAAAUACAUUUUGUCAUAAUCUCGGUAUACGGUCUGAUAUACCACAGCUGUCAGCCAAUCAGCAUUCAGGGCUUGAACCACCUAGUUUAUAAUAUAUACUGAACAAAAAUAUAAACGCUAAAAAUAAAGACUUCCAUUGAAACCAGUAUGCUAUUUCUCUCAUGUUCUAUUGGUUUGUCCAAUAGGCAAAGGCACAAUCCUAGUCAUAUUAGCAACCCAUGCUAUACGGAUGACAAAUACACUGCUCAAAAAAAUAAAGGGAACACUAAAAUAACACAUCCUAGAUCUGAAUGAAUGAAAUAAUCUUAUUAAAUACUUUUUUCUUUACAUAGUUGAAUGUGCUGACAACAAAAUCACACAAAAAUUAUCAAUGGAAAUCAAAUGUAUCAACCCAUGGAGGUCUGGAUUUGGAGUCACACUCAAAAUUAAAGUGGAAAACCACACUACAGGCUGAUCCAACUUUGAUGUAAUGUUCUUAAAACAAGUCAAAAUGAGGCUCAGUAGUGUGUGUGGCCUCCACGUGCCUGUAUGACCUCCCUACAACGCCUGGGCAUGCUCCUGAUGAGGUGGCGGAUGGUCUCCUGAGGGAUCUCCUCCCAGACCUGGACUAAAGCAUCCGCCAACUCCUGGACAGUCUGUGGUGCAAUGUGGCGUUGGUGGAUGGAGCGAGACAUGAUGUCCCAGAUGUGCUCAAUUGGAUUCAGGUCUGGGGAACGGGCGGGCCAGUCCAUAGCAUCAAUGCCUUCCUCUUGCAGGAACUGCUGACACACUCCAGCCACAUGAGGUCUAGCAUUGUCUUGCAUUAGGAGGAACCCAGCCAGGGCCAACCGCACCAGCAUAUGGUCUCACAAGGGGUCUGAGGAUCUCAUCUCGGUACCGAAUGGCAGUCAGGCUACCUCUGGCGAGCACAUGGAGGGCUGUGCGGCCCCCCAAAGAAAUGCCACCCCACACCAUGACUGACCCAUGGAUGUUGCAGGCAGCAGAACGUUCUCCACGGCGUCUCCAGACUGUCACGUCUGUCACAUGUGCUCAGUGUGAACCUGCUUUCAUCUGUGAAGGGCACAGGGCGCCAGUGGCGAAUUUGCCAAUCUUGGUGUUCUCUGUCAAAUGCCAAACGUCCUGCACGGUGUUGGGCUUUAAGCGCAACCCCCACCUGUGGACGUCGGGCCCUCAUACCACCCUCAUGGAGUCUGUUUCUGACCGUUUGAGCAGACACAUGCACAUUUGUGGCCUGCUGGAGGUCAUUUUGCAGGGCUCUGGCAGUGCUCCUCCUGCUCCUCCUUGCACAAAGGUGGAGGUAGCAGUCCUGCUGCUGGGUUGUUGCCCUCCUACGGCCUCCUCCACGUCUCCUGAUGUACUGGCCUGUCUCCUGGUAGCGCUUCCAUGCUCUGGACACUACGCUGACAGACACAGCAAACCUUCUUGCCACAGCUCGCAUUGAUGUGCCAUCCUGGAUGAGCUGCACUACCUGAGCCACUUGUGUGGGUUGUAGACUCCGUCUCAUGCUACCACUAGAGUGAAAGCACCACCAGCAUUCAAAAGUGACCAAAACAUCAGCCAGGAAGCAUAGGAACUGAGAAGUGGUCUGUGGUCACCACCUGCACAACCUGUUGUUGUCUAUUCCAUUUGCAUGUGAAAUUUAUUGUCAAUCAGUGUUGCUUCCUAAGUGGACAGUUUGAUUUCACAGAAGUGUGAUUGACUUCGAGUUACAUUGAGCAGUGUAUAAACGCAACAUGUAAAGUGUUGGUCCCAUGUUUCAGAAGCUGAAAUAAAAGAUCACAGCAAUGUUCCAUACGCACAGAAAGCGUAUUCCUUAAAUUUUGUGCACGGUGAGCAUUUCAACUUUGCCAGGACAAUCCAUCCACCAGACAGGUGUGGCAUAUCAAGAAGCUCAUUAAACAGCAUGAUCAAUACACAGGUGCACCUUGUGCUGGGGACAAUACAAGGCCACUCUAAAAUGUGCUGUUUUGUCACAACACAAUGCCACAGUUGUCUGAAGUUUUGAGGGCGCGGGCAAUUGACAUGCUAACUGCAGGAAUGUCCACCAGAGCUGUUGCCAGAGAACUGAAUGUUCAUUUCUCUACCAUACGCUGCCUCCAACGUCAUUUUAGAGAAUUUGGCAGUACGUUCAACUGGCCUCACAACCGCAGACCAUGUACAGCAGGGCUCCCGAGUGGCGCAGCAGUCUAAGGCACUGCAUCUCAGUGCUUGAGGCGUCACUACAGACCCCUGGUUCGAUUCCAGGCUGUAUCACAACCGGACGUGAUUGGGAGUCCCAUAGGGCGGCGCACAAUUGGCCCAGCGUCGUCCGGGUUUGGCCGUUGUAGGCCGUCAUUGUAAAUAAGAAUUUGUUCUUAACUGACUUGCCUAGUUAAAUAAAGGUAUAAUUAAAUAAAUAAAAAAUAACCACGCCAGCCCAGGACCUCCACUUCAGGCUUCUUCACCUGCGGGAUCAUAUGAGACCAGCCACCUGGACAGCUGAUGAAACUGAGGAGUAUUUCUGUCUGUAAUAAAGCCCUUUUGUGUGGAAAAACUCAUUCUGAUUGGCUGGGCCUGGCUCCCCUGCCCAGUCAUGUGAAAUCCAUAGAUUAGGGCCUAUUGAAUUUAUUUCAAUUGACUGAUUUCCUUAUUUGAACUGUAACUCAGUAAAAUGGUUGAAAUUGUUGCAUGUUGCAUUUAUAUUUUUGUUCAAUAUAAAAUAAUAUAUGCCAUUUAGCAGACGCUUUUAUCCAAGGGAUCUUACAAUCAUACAUGUAUAGAUUUCCGUGUGGGCGGUCCCACAUUGAACUAACAUUCUUAACUUUUUCUCUAUGAGAACACAUCCCGACAGCAUAAUCAAAUUAUAGCAGUAGAAUGGAAGUGUGAAGGGAAUCCAUUGAACAGUCUUGUGCCUGUCUGUGCUCUGUGGUGGUGCUGAGAUGUACGGCUCUCUUGGGGGGAGGGGAAGGGGGGAACAUCUCAGGAGACAGUGGCGGUUCUGCCACAAGUAAAAAAUAACUCCCCGGGCUCAGCCAAUAGGAUGCUCUGGCCUCGUUGCUCUCUUCUCCCAUGUGUGCUAGCCGAGCGUAGAUGGCGGUCAUGUAUUCCCCAUGGUGGCAGCAGCAAAGAGACAGAGAUGGAGAGAUGCUGGUGUAUUUACCAC